AGUAUAGCUAUUUUCUUUAUAUUUCUACAUAGCCUGCCCAAUAAGAUAACAUGGCGUGUACAUGCAGAAGAAUUCUACUUCUAUUGAACGUUAGUUUCUUAGCAAUCUUUGCUUAUGGGUACUUUUUGUUUACUUCUGUGUGCCCUACUCUGGGGAUUUCUGAGUAUGAUCCUUCAUCAUUCUCAGGUGCCAGUUUCGAGACUUACCCUUCAAUCAAUGAGUUGUCAUGCUACGCCUUGCACAAGGUGGUUGUACCAAACUACACUGAAUAUGUUGAUCCUUUGUAUGUGAAACAUGUGGAACCAGUAUGGAUAUCCUUGGAUUCGAAAUUAAACAUCAGUCCCAAAGUUUCUCUGAUCAACUCUAAAAUUAAUCUCAUUAAGGAAAGGAUCUAUAAAUUUGAUGAAGAUCAUAACAUAUCUGUAUUGAUCAUUUCGUUUGUAAAUGAUUCUUGGAAGUUGGCUAAGAUUAGAAUCUAUAAUGCUGGAUUGAGAUUUUAUGGUCUUUCAGACUAUUAUGUCCUUCAACCAUUAAGCCAAUUCUCCGCAACUACAAAAUCAUUUUUAAUUAAGACAUUUUAUGAUGUGUCAGAUUAUACUACCGUUCAGGCUAAAACCAUUCUGGUCAAAUCCAAGUACCAAUUUGAUAUUUUCUACACGAGCCACAUUUUGCCACAAUAUCUUCAAUCUAAGCAUUACAUUGCUAGAAAUCAGAUAAUUGAGAAGAUUUCUCAAUAUUAUUAUGCUACUAAAAUUAAUAUUGUUGUAGGAUGGGCCCGUACUUACUUUGAUAUCUUGUAUGCAAAGGGUACUGAUAUUUACGAAAAGAAAUUACAGGCCAAACAUAUCUUUUUAAGAGAUGAAUUAUACACUCUUUUAAAAUUUAACCCUAAGGAUGAAACCAAGAUUAAGAAUGAAGAGAACAUUGUUGAUAUGGUAAAAGAUAUCCUUGAAGAUGUUACUGAAGAAGCAGAAGAACUUAUUUAUACUGACAAAACAACAGAAGAAUCCAAGACAGAUGAAGAUAUUAAGGUCCAUGAAUUUACUACUGAUGAGUCUCUUUCUGAGGAAUCUGACGAGUCUGAUCAAGAACCAGUUACCAUCAGGGUUACAUCGACUAUUACUAUCGUAGAUGCAGCUCAAUCGUCAGACGUUGCAAACAAUGAAUUGGAUACCAUGGCUAAUGAUGAACUUUCCAACACUGGUGCCAGCAAGAUUGAAGCUGAAUUAUCCUAUUGGAGAACCAAAGUGAAUAAGACAUGUACGGCAGCAUUAAAGAACUUAGGUCGUGACGUUAGUGAUUAUUUGGAAACAUUAAUUGAACAAGAGAUUAGACCUAAAGUCAGUGACAAGCUUACCCUAAUCCAAACUACCAAUUAUGAAACUUACCGUACAUUAAAUGAACAUAUUAUCAAUGUCCAUAAGGAUAGUACACUCAUGAAGGAAUAUGAAAAGUUUAUUAAGAGUCAAGAAGAUGAAAUUGAUGAUAACCUUUAUAUUUCAAGACAAGAUAUCCGAGAUGAGAUUUCCGCUGCAACUAAAUAUGUUGAUGAUGAAGUUGAUAUUAUUAGAAAGGAAUUGACUGAAUACAAUAGUGAAAUUUUAAAAGAAUAUUUCAAAUUUUCUCAAAGUGUUAUUGAUAUUUUGGAAUCAUUCGCUGAUUUAACCAUUCAAGAAUUUUCCACCAGAUUACAUACAUUACUUUCUAUUUUAGAACAAGAGAGUGAUGAAUUUGCUGAAGAUGAUGAAAUUACUUGGAAGGCAUGGAAGGAAUUCCAUUCUAUUAAAGAAUCAAUUUUCAAUACCAGGGAUGAAAUUUUUAAUGUUGCUAAUAAGUAUCAAUCAAAGUAUUUGAAUGAUGAUGAUAAUACCAGUGAACUCCCACCUGGAUUUAUUAAAUGGGAGGAUUUCUUAAAGCAAAUUGUUUUCCAUGCCAAUUUUUUAAAGAAAGAUAAUAAAGAUUAUUUAUCUAUUGUUAGAGCUAAGGCUAAUGUGGCAUUUCAAGAAAGAACAAGUACUGAGUUCUACCUUGAAGAUUUAUUUGAGAACAGAUUGAAAGCUGAAGAAGAAGCUGAGAGAGCUGAAGAAGAAGCUAAGAAAGCUGAAGAAGAAGCUAAGAAAGCUGAAGAAGAAGCUAAGAAAGCUGAAGAAGAAGCUAAGAAAGCUGAAGAAGAGGCCAAGAGAGCAGAAGAAGAAGCAACAAAUACUAAAUCGGAGUCAAUAGAAACUGAAGUGGUUGAUAUUUAUGAAUCUGAUGAAAUAGAAAUUCUCUCUAAUGAAGAUGAUGUGUCGGAAGAUACAAAAACCCAAUAUGAAGAAGCGGAAGAAAUACAUGAAGAUGAGGGAGAUAACUUGGAUGAUGCCAUUCUCGGAGAAGAGAUUGAGUCAGACAUUGAGAUUGAUAUUGACCAAGAUAAAGAAAAUCUUGAUGGAUAGAUAAAUAUAUAUAUAUAUAGUGAUAAUAAUAGUUACAUUGUUAAAUAAAUCAAAACAUAAAUACAUUAAUACUUAAAUAAUAGUCAUAUAAAGAC